GCUUUUACCACUCCACUUUAUCAUGCCAUAUUUCCAACCAUCUAAAAACAGCCUCCCGAUCACGUUACUGAAGGAUAUUMAAUCACAGAAAUGUGGACUUCGACACACAGUUUUCUCCCCCGGUGGGAACAAAUACACUGGAGAGUGGCUUGACGACAAGAAGCAUGGUACUGGAACUCAAGUCUGGAAGAAAACGGGUGCGAUUUAUGAUGGAAAGUGGAAAUCUGGAAAACCUGAUGGAUAUGGGACUUACACGGUGUUCAACCAAGAAUCAAAGAGCUACACAAGGAAGUACUGCGGCAAAUGGAAAAAUGGGAAGAAGCAUGGGUUUGGAACAUACACCUACAAUGACUCAUCAGUCUAUAAAGGGGAGUGGAGCAAGAACCAACGUAGCGGCUGGGGAAGUAUGUAUUACGAGAACGGAGACAUCUACAAGGGAGAGUGGUUGGAGGAUAAGAACCACGGGCAAGGAGUCAUGAGAUAUUCCAAUGGAAACUGGUAUGAAGGCAAAUGGCGAGACGGCAAGCGGAGCGGUGAUGGAAGGUUCUACUAUGCCAACAAAGGUCUGCUUUAUGAGGGCUUCUGGUUUAAUGGAGUUGCCAAAUGUGGGACCAUGUCUGAUUUGGGGGGAGACAACGCCCCAGCACCACCCAAGGUUCUAUUUCCAAAGAUACAACUGAAGGAUGUGGAGCUGGUUUUAAGGGAAGCCAAAUCAGCCUACCAGGAUUGACGAAGACCCAAAGGAUGGACGGACUGACUGAUGGAAAGACAGACAAACUGACUGAUGUUUGAAUAACAAUAAAGCUGCAUUUAUAUUGUA